GUUGAAGUGACAGUCCUGGGCUUCAAGUGUAUAUACCCGUACCUUCGAUGGGGUGUGUAAACGAAUUGAAAUGGAAUUGAAAAUGGAAGUCUUUGGAUUUUAAAAUGUUGACCGCCCUGCGACGGAAAAUUCGGUUUGGAAUGCAGCGCACGGUUUUAAUAGCGGUCCUGCUGGCGGUGGGCAUCUUCAGCUACGCCUUUCUCAACCUCAAGUUCUGCUUUAAGUUGAUGUCCCAUAGGAGCCUCAAUCUUAUGUGCCAAAAGUUUGAAAAACAUGAGUACAGCGGCUCUCUGUGUGAAGAACUUUGUGGUUCCCAAUCUUCCUUCGACAACUUCCAGUGCCCACUGAAUGACAUGAAAACUAUUCUCUUCACGGCCGAAAAGAACGGUGAUAUGUAUGCGGUGAAGUUGGCCCGGCACAAUGAUGACGAACUGAGCUGGACGAACAGCAAAGGCGAGUCCAUCUAUCCCAAGAUCGAGGAGUUCCAUGAGAUCGUAAAGCUGCAUAUCAUACUGGCCUAUAAUGUCACCCUUGAUGAUAAUAUGAUCCGCGCUUUGGUUAACCAGGAAAUAGCCGAUGAUAACUCUCAGCAGAUGGUUAGCUUUUGGAGACUGUUCAAGGACAACAACUACAUGAUGGGCAAGCUGUUCGACGAGGAGUCCAUAUUCCCAGCAGUUCUGGGUUCCUGUGGUCCUUACUAUGCCACUGAGGGAUUGCAGAUCGUGCAGUCAAACCCCAGCAUUAUGCAGUAUCUAGCAUCCAAUCGCGUGCAGCGCCUAAAGCACGCUCUCAACAUAAUGGAAUACAUUUUCCGACUGGACGAAAUGAAGCCGGAACCCCUGAAAAUGUGCAAGAUGCAGGUAAACCGCUUCGGAACAGCCUCCGAACGAAGGCUGAAGUACCAGAGCGCCGAGCAUGUCUAUGUGGAGAGCCAACUGGACAAGCGGCUGUCCAGGGGCGUCAAGUGCCAUACCAACCAGGACUGCCACUUCCACUCCUGCAGAGGUCUUUGCGAUGAGGAGAAGCAAUCCUGCACGCACAUCCAGCAGAACAACAACUUCCAGAUAUUCUGUGAGCACAUCCUCCUAGGCGGGGGAACCUUCCAGCCCGGCCUGCUCAGCGGAGUGCGUCUCUCGAAGACGCUGCAAAAGCUGGUCAAGAUGUGCGUGCAGCCACCCAAAGAACAUCAAGUGCUAGGACGCCAAUGGGCGCCCAACAUGCAGCUCGCUCUGAGGCUGUACAACGAGCUGAAACAACUUCACCAGGCUGCAGCUGCAUCCGCAGGAUCCGAUACCCCCGAUGAGGGGCAGGCACGUCGGGGAAUCUGAGAAGUUUUUGAAUCUGAAAAGUCCGGGAAUCGGCAGAAAGUAGAUCAAUUGGCGCACAGCUUGCUCAAAACUGAUAGCAUUUUUAUAACUAGUCUUAAUUAUUUAAACCGAAAUAAAACGAAGAAAAUGCUUUUUAUUAACUACACAA